AUGGCCAGCUCCCAGAAGCGGUACCGAGGUGUUCGACAGCGGCACUGGGGUUCCUGGGUCUCCGAGAUCCGCCACCCUCUCCUGAAGAUGCGGAUAUGGCUGGGCACGUUCGAGACCGCGGAGGACGCCGCGAGAGCCUACGACGAGGCGGCAGUUCUAAUGUGCGGAGCGCGGGCGAAAACCAACUUCCCUUGCAGUCCCCAUCGCCCCCCGUCGUCACACUGCAAGUACCUGUCGGCGGCUCUCACCGCGAAGCUGCACCGCUGCAACUUACUCUCCCUUCAGGCCGCGCAGCCAGUCGUCAUGCAUGCGCCGCGAAGGCCUCCGGUGGCGGCAGAGCACAAGGAAGAGACCAGUCGGGUCGCGGAAGAGAACGGCCAUGGCGGGGUGGAAUUCAGUUGCUUAGAGGAGCAUCACGUGGAAGAGAUGAUCGAGGAGCUGCUCGACUCCAACCUCUCCAUGGAGCUCUGCUGCGCUGCUCUGUAGUCAGCUCUGCUACUUGCUACUGCAACACCUCUUCCAACAUGCACAUGUGCAGUACACUUACAUCAUCCUUGUCCUGUGUCUCCUGGAGCUUCUCUUGAAGCUUGAGCUGGUAUAGGUUCCAUUCAUGGUUGCCCACAACAUGUUUGAAAGCUGGUUAUGUUCCACCAUCCCCUAAUAACACCUGUUUUGGCACUGAAGUCAAGAUCAUUGGCACAGAAGAAUGCAUAUUGAUAGAAGAUGUUUCCAAGUA